GCAGAUGUAUCUAAUCUGGCUGUGGGGGCAGAUUUCGAUCAGCAGCUCGGAGCUGUGUAAACUGCCCGUCGCCUGCACGCAUCAGCCCGCCAGCGAUCGUCUUUUCCUUCCCUGGAAAGUGACGACGCUGCAUCAUUUCCUCAGAACUGGCAAAAGAAAAUGAGGAUUCGCCUGAAGUCGCUGCGCCCUCCUCCAUUUUUCUGCGCGCACGGGGGAGGAGGGUGAGCGAAGCUCGAGCGUGCGCCCUCGGCAGACACUCAAGCGCAAAAGACACACGGCUCAUCCGCUCACCUCCCCAUUGACGUCAGUCCGGUGUCACAUGAACGAGCGAGGACCAAUCGGCUCGGCGCUGCCGGAGAGUGCUGGCUGCUUUACACCAAGAUAGGGGGAAAAGACUGAAUAAAAGGAAACCGUGCCAGUGAGCUUGUAAUGACCACAAAAUCCCACGGAGGAGCCCACGGUCGCCGCCAUUGGAUACUCGUCCCGUUUCCUCGUGAAUCCCGCACGUUUCUCGCUGUGGAUUAUUGCGUUUGGAGCCAGGGCGGACGGAAUGGAUAAGGCCAUGGCCCUAACAUAUUGAGUAGCUCGUUGGUGGCGGUGGUGGAGGGGGAGGCGAGACGCGCACCGUGGAGACAAUUUAUGGGGCAUUGUGCGGGGAGGAAAAUGGUGGAUUAUUUGCAGUGUGUCACGAAAAUCUCCCCACAUCUGGAUCUCCUGCCUUGAGACACUGAUCGGUGGCGUUUCUGCGCCUGUCUACAGUAACCGAGGUCGUGUUGUAGCAGUUGGUUGGUAGAAACUGUUGGAUUACAGACAACUAUGGAUUUCACCAGCGGCGGCGGCGUUGAAGGCAGCGAGCCGCACAACAAUCAGUUCUACCAGUGCGAGGAGAACAAGCCUCUGCUGGCGGACAUGUCGGAGAGCAAUAACAACACGAAGCUGGGCGCGGGGCCGUGCAAGAGGUCCCUGCAUCACUGCAGCAGCAGCGGGAUGCGAUACAAGCUGCUCCAUGAGGGGGACAUCCAGGUGUGCGUGGUCAAACACCCCCGCACCUUCCUCAGCAAGAUCCUCACCUCCAAGUUCCUGCGGAGAUGGGAGCCGCAUCACCUCACGCUCGCGGACAGCAGCCUGACUUCGGCCACGCCCACCGGUUACAUGGAGACAUCAUUGCCCUACAGCUCCAUAGAGGACCUGCAGCUCCUCUCUUGGGACAAUGCCCCAAAGUACUGCGUGCAGCUCAGCUUCCCUGGUGGCACCGUCCUGCUGCAGGCUGCAAACAGCUACUUGAGGGACCAGUGGUUUCACUCCCUGCAGUGGAAGAAAAAGAUCUACAAGUAUCGCAAGGUCCUAAACAACCCGAGUCGCUGGGACGUGGCGCUAAAGGAGAUCAGAGCGCUGGUGGACAUGGCUCUGACCUCACCGCUGCAGGAUGAAUCCAUCCACCAAGCUCCACUGCACAUCAUCUCCACCCUGCUGGCUGAGAACUCAAACCUCAGUCCUCAGGAUCAUGAAAACAUCAUCGUGGCCAUCGCUCCUCUUCUGGAAAACAACCACCCUCCACCUGAUCUGUGCGAGUUCUUCUGUAAGCACUGUCGGGAGCGACCGCGGUCGAGCGUUGUGAUCGAAGUGUUCACUCCUGUGGUUCAGAGAAUCCUCAAACACAACAUGGAUUUCGGGAAGUGCCCUCGUCUGCGUCUCUUCACUCAGGAGUACAUCCUGGCUCUUAAUGAGCUCAACGGUGGAAUGGAGGUGGUCAAGAAGUUUAUUCACAGCAUGCACGGGCCCACAGGCCAGUGCCCUCACCCACGUGUCCUGCCAAACCUGGUGGCAGUGUGUCUGGCUGCCAUUUAUUCCUGUUAUGAGGAGUUCAUCAACAGUCGGGACAACUCCCCCAGCCUGAAGGAAAUCCGAAACGGCUGUCAACAGCAGAACGACCGCAAACCCCCGAUGCCGCUACGCCUGCUGCGGCCCGAACCCCCAACGCCACCUCCUGCCACCAUCCUACCGCUCUCUACCACCCCCAGUCCUCCUCAGCCACCUCCCCCAGCCCCCACUAACCCCGUGGCUCCAACCAUCCCCAUCUCCUCUCCGACGUCCUCCCUGCCGCUCUCUCCUCCUCCCUCCGUCGUCAACUCCAGCGAGAUCCUGGUGGAGCUAGAGCGGAACAACAAUUCGGCAAACACCAAGCGGAAGGGCGGACCGACGAGGGGCGACAGCGAACCCAACCUUAUCGACUGUCUGCUGGUCAGCCCGGCCGUCAACACGCUCUCCAUCCAGCUGCCGGCGCAGGCUGACCGAGUGCUGGGCUGCUUCGCUCUCAUCCUCAAGAUGCUGUCAGACUAUGACGACUGGAGACCUGCUCUGGCCAGCCUGCUGCAGCCCAUCCCCUUCCCUAAAGAGGCUCUUGCACAUGCCAAAUUCACAAAGGAGCUGAAAUAUGUCAUUCAGAGGUUUGCAGAGGACCCUCGGCAGGAGGUCCACUCCUGCCUGCUCAGCGUGCGUUCAGGGAAAGAUGGCUGGUUCCAGCUCUACAGUCCAGGAGGCGUGGCCUGUGAUGACGACGGAGAGCUCUUUGCCAGUAUGGUUCAUAUCCUGAUGGGCUCCUGCUAUAAGACCAAGAAGUUCCUCCUCUCUCUGGCUGAAAAUAAGCUGGGCCCCUGCAUGCUGCUGGCCCUCCGUGGAAACCAAACCAUGGUGGAGAUCCUGUGUCUGAUGCUGGAGUACAACAUCAUUGAAAAUAAAGACACCCAGCUGCAGAUCAUCUCCACCCUGGAGAGCACCCAGGUGGGGCUCCGCAUGUACGAGCAGCUCUGCGACCGACAGAGAGAGCUCAAAGAGCUGCAAAGAAAAGGAGGCCCUACCCGGCUGACUCUGCCCUCCAAGUCCACGGAUGCGGACCUGGCCCGCCUGCUCAGUUCAGGUUCUUUUGGGAACUUGGAGAACCUGAGCCUGGCUUUCACCAAUGUCACCAGUGCCUGUGCUGAGCAGCUCAUCAAGCUGCCUUCACUCAAACAGCUCAACCUCUGGUCCACACAGUUUGGGGAUGCAGGACUGAGGUUGUUAUCCGAGCAUCUGGCCUGCCUUCAGGUUCUGAACCUGUGUGAGACUCCCGUCACUGAUGCUGGUCUCCUGGCGCUCAGUUCCAUGAAGAGUCUGUGCAGCCUGAACAUGAACAGCACCAAGCUCACAGCAGACACAUACGAGGACCUCAAGGCCAAACUGCCUAACCUGAAGGAUGUUGAUGUUCGGUACACUGAAGCAUGGUGAUCGGCCAAGCUUUCAGCAGCCCCUUUACAUGCCGAGACACACACAAGCACGAUCACACACCAACUCACACAUUACAUCGACGCCAUCAUUACACCAGGAACCCUAACAUCACCCGGCCUGAGGAUCACCCCGUCUGAUUAGACGCUUGCUAUGAGGAGGAGCCGUCACCAGUUUCAUCACCGAUCCCACAAAGUGACACCGUCACCGGGAAGGAACUUUGUGAAACUCAUCGCUCCUCUUACCUCGAAGGCCCUUGUUGUUUUUUUGUUUUUUUACAAACGACAUCAGAGAACGAGAGGACCCGAUGUACUGAAAUACUGGAACCCUGCUCUCUCUGUCCUUACCCUUUGCCUCGUCCUUUCAUACGUAGUCUCUCAGUUUUCAUAAUCACUCUUUUUUUUUUUUCCCCUCUCUGCGUGUGCACCUCAUAAUGAAAUCCAGAAUCGAGGAAGGCGUUUGCCCCUCAUGGAACGAAGGCCGGACGCAGCAGCUCGCCUUCCAGUUCGUCUUUGAUCCGAUCCACGAUGUAGCUCUCCCGACGGACGCGGUCAACUGUUAUCGAGUCCUCGCUCUCUCUUUGCUGUCAGUUUUCGGGAUCAAAUUCCGGCCUUUUCCAAUCUUUCACUGGGAAAAUGAGGUGCUACCUCAGAGAAAAGAAGACUGUGCCUACUCCUCAUGUACAACUCGCGAAAAGGAGAAAAAGAAAACAAAAACGGUUUUUAUCAACUUGAAUUAACAUAUUUUUCCAGACAUCUGUGCUUUCAUAUAUUGUGUCUUUCUAUAGAAAACAUAAGGAGGUGCCCACCUCCCUCCCCAUCACCUCCCCAACGAUGACAUUUUGGGAGCUUUGCAGGAAUGUCAAGGGUGAUGGCAAUAUUUGGUCCUUUUUAAAUUGCCUUCAGUGUGCGUGCUGAAGCUCUCCUGUUUCUAUUUAAUAGGACAGUUGUGUAGCAGUAGCUGGGUGGUCUGGGACUGACUGAUAUUUAUAAGUUGUCUUUAAAACCUCUGACACAUUGUCUUUCCUGGAUUUCGUUGGGAGGUAUCAAAGUACACAGCUUUUUGGGGUUUUUUGCAUCGCAUUAAACAAGAAGCCCUGGCAGGUCGCCGCCGCACAUGGACGUCCGUGUACCAAAGCCGCGGUGGCAAACUUCAGAGUGGACUUCUGAAAUCGGACCUGUUUAAACCAGACCCAUCACCAGCUGAGAGUUGUAUAUUUUCAUAUCCCCCUCUCGUUUUUGGUCCCCGCCGUGCAGGUGCUUUGGGAUGCUUUUGA